GUUCUGCUCUGUUUUGUUCCAGAUUGCCAUAAUGAGUGUGAUUACAUCUCGUCUGUCCAUGGAGCAGGAGCUAAAGCUAUGUUCUCUACUCGGUCAAGAUAAACUCACUCUGCUGUUCAAGGCCAGUGUCCAUGGCUUCACCGCUGAUGCCUUCCACAGGAAGUGUGACCGCCAGGGUUCAACUGUUACUGUAGCGUAUAAUGACUCGGGCUACAUCUUCGGAGCAUACACCAGUAAGGAUUACACACAGACUGGUCAGAACAUUAUGGAUGACAAAGCGUUCAUGUUCAGCUUUAACGAGCGUGAGGUUGAUAAAGCUCCUCUGCGAUGGACCAGCACCAAUGCCCAGUGCUCCUUCAUUGAUGGAAACACUGGACCCAAUUAUGUCUCCCUGCUUUUUCUGCACAAUAACACCGCCACCGUGUACAGCAAUCCAGGCACAUAUAAUUUUAUCCCAGUGGAGAUGCACGGCAACGACCUUCAGCUGAGCGAGUGUGAGGUGUACCGCGUGGAGGAGUUAAGACCACUCAUGGAGAAACAGUGGAGGAACAUCGAGUGGAGUAUAGAGAAGAGGAAGUCUGUGAUUGAUGCGAUCUUGCGCUGGACUCCGAGUGUGAGCUCGGUGCAGAAAGCUCGUGUGUUGCUGGUCGGUCCUGUGGGAGCGGGCAAAUCCAGCUUCUUUAACUCCAUUGACUCUGUGUUUAAGGGCCAUGUGAGCAGUAGGGCCAACACGGGCAUCACUGGCACCAGCCUCACCACACAGUUCCGUGUGUACUCCAUUAAGGCGGGUGAUAAGUUCUUGCCGAUCACGCUGUGUGACUCUAUGGGACUGGAGGAGGGAGCUAACGCUGGAAUGGACAUUGAGGACUUCACCAACAUUUUAAAGGGUCACAUUCAGGACAGAUACCCGUUUAACCCGUCAGUUCCUCUCCAGUCAGACUCUCCUUAUUACUGUGAAGUUCCCAGUAUGCAGGAGAAGAUCCAUGCUGUGGUGUACGUAAUGGACGCCUGCAAGGUCAACGUGUUGUCUGACAAGUUGAUUGAGAAACUGAGUGCUUUCCGCAGAAAAGCCAACCACAUGGGAGUCCAACAGAUGGUUCUGCUUACUAAGGUGGAUGAAGUGUGUCAUUUGGCAGGAGAGGAUAUGAAAUAUGUUUAUCGGAGUGACUACCUCCGCAAGACGAUUCAGGAGGUGAGUGUAUGUCUGGGUAUUAGUCCCGCCUCUGUGGUUCCAGUGAAGAACUACAGUAAAGAGCUGGAGGUCGAGCCACACACCGACAUCAUGCUUCUCAAUGCUGUUCAGCAGAUCCUCAGAACUGCCGAGGCGUACUUCGACAAUGUUGUCUGCAAGGAAGAGGAAGAGUAGAGUUACAAGCAAAAGUGCCAAAAUGCUAAAAUACAUCAUGGUCAUGUUGUUAAACCCGUUCCAGACUUAAACCUGCAUGCUGCUCUUUAAGUCACAUUUAAUGCCAGUGUUCACUUCCUGCUCUGUUCAAUAGAGCUGACAUAAGCAAAUUUUGCUUUUGGAAAUUAAUCAAUGAGUCAUUUCCUGUACAACUCGUUCUAUACCGAAUCAACCAGGGCCUCACAGGUGACCACCACAGACCUCAGAUUCUGAUUAAAACAUGUCAAUAUGUUAAUUACAAUAUUCAUACCGUAUGUUCCCAGAAGUUGUGAUACUUUAA